CUUGAAGGGAGAAUUAAAAGCGAUAAAACACAUGUAAAUACUAGGUGUUUUUCCGACAAGGCGGUUAGUUACAGAUUUACAGACUCUUGUCUCCUUUCAGCUUCAGCGCGGUCAAAGUUCUAUGUUCGGGAGCCGCUCCAUGACAAACCUGACUGGCUGAAAGUUGGAUUCGCCUUGGGCACCUCCGCCUUCAUGUGGAUCUGUCUCAUCAAACAACAUAAUGAAGAUGUUUUAGAGUAUGAAAGAAGAAAUGGAUUGGCAUAAACUUUUAAAAUACUUAUAUGGUAUGCUCCAUAUAGCGACUAAAGCAGUUCAGUCUGUUGAGCUGUGAACGUGAGAGAAAAAGUUAUAUGUGAAUAUAUGUCAAAUCAGCAUUUAUGUUUUGCAUCGUAAAUGAAAAAUAAAAAUACUUCUGUAUUCUUCAGAUUA